GUAUUCGACCUCAACGAUCCCGAAUCGCUAGCAGCAUUUGCCGGCAGCGAUGAUGACGAAUUUAGCAGGUUAGGCGAGAUCCCGAGGGGUCAUGAUCUCAGCAAAAUACGAGUGAAGAGAGUUCAAGCGGUCAAGCUUCCAGUAUUCGACCUCAACGAUCCCGAAUCGCUAGCAGCAUUCGCCGGCAGCGAUGAUGACGAAUUUAGCAGAGCAAAUAGCACAGAUAGCAAUAUUAUGGCCAGAGAUGAUGGUCUACAGCCUCUUGAGCUUGGAAGCCCAACGUCGAAAAAGAAAACGGGUAGCCGUUUGGGUUUCGCGAAAGCCAAGAAAAAUCUGAAGGCUUUGUUUGGGAAAAAAGACGGCGACGCCAACGAAGAAGACGAAACGGAACCACCAACCAGUAAUGAACUGAAUCCUCCUCCAACCGUUGUGGAAGAACAUCAUCUUAAAGUUUCACGUCUUCAUCGGCAAGAAACGUGUGCUAUGUGUAGUAGACAUCUCACUGGCUUCAUCUCCCAAGCCUACAAGUGCUCUAGUCAAAUGCAAAAUGUGCUUUCACAAGGAAUGCUCUUCCUUCGCAAAGUCUCUUCCUUGCGUGCCAUCGUCACCGCUGAGGUCCCCAACGAGGGUUAG